UCUCUGCAAAGGAGAAGGACUUUUGCCCUGGAUCUGCCAGAACAAAAAUGACUCAGAACAGGGAGUUAGCACCCACAUGAGUAAGGAAAUGGUGAGGCAGCUUCCGUGUAUGAGCUCAGGGCCUCUGGACCAGGUGGGAGUAUUGAGCCGCUCCCUGUCUAGGAGAUUUGAAAGAUCGUAGAAAACAAAAGAGGAAAUCCAAUAUUGGAGAAGGGCAAAUAUUAGCCUGUAAGGGUGGGGAAGGCAAUCGAGUCAAUCAAGUCACCCUGGCUCAUUUCAGGGCAUUGCCAAGAAUACUGAGUCAUUCAGUCCUAGGCUUCAGACUAUGUACAAACAAGGCCACAAUCAGCUGGUGUGGCAUUGCCCAGGAAGUCUGUUAGGAUUGGUUGAGGGACUUGGCAAUAAGAAUUGGGGACUUGACCGUCUGAGUGUGGAGAAGAAAGGGAGCUUGGUGAGAUGGAAAUCCGGAGUUGGGAGGAGAAAGCCUUGCUCUUGGGCUCUCCUUAGUGGCAGGAGGACCCUGUGAGCUUCGAAUGGGGCUGGGGCUGGGGAAUGCUUGUGACUGUGUUGUGACUCUUUUUGUGACUAUGCCACCUCAGUCAAAUUGCUUUUUCUAAAAGUUUCGUUUGGCUGAUUUAUAUCAACUGAUAAUCAUGGCAUGAAACUUCCCUGGUAGGGGCUCGGGUUAUAGCAUUGGCGGGCCAUCCCCCACCUGUCUUCCCCACUCAACUCCUCAGGGCCAAGUGUAGAACACUAAGGACCUGACUUGUCAAUUUGAGUGAAAGCUGAGACAAGGACCCCUAGAAUCUACAUGUGGUUUUUAAAAAAAAAAAAAAAGGAAAAGAAGAGAGACUGUAAGCCAUAGGCCAGUGAACUUGACUUUGGUUCCUAGGAAAAUUGCUGAAAAGAUCAUUAAAGAGAUGAUUGGAAACCUUACAAUGAAAAGUGGUGAUUCUCCAGAAUUAGCCUACCUCCACCUAGAACAAGGGCGUCCUACUGGACUGAACUGCUAACCUUGGCAAUGAGUGGGAUGCUCCGGACAGAUGUUGCCUGCUGUUAGCAGAUGUUGAUGAGAUAUCUCAGACGAUUCAGGUGGAAAAGAUGAACUGGAUGACAAGGUGGCCCUGUGGAUUCAGGACUGAUGCAAAGAGCAGCUGGUUGAUGAUGGUCCAAUUUCAGUGUGGUUGGAGGUCUCCAUCAAAGGAGCUCUGGCAUCUGUGCUUGGGCCUGGGUUAUCGGUGGCGCUCAGGAAGCGAAGCCGGGAGGGGUGGCUAACACCGUGGAGAGCAGAGUUGGCCCCCAAAGGACUCAUGCCCAUUGGCCCCCUCCCUAAUCACUUGGCAGCUCUUCCCCUGAUUUUGGCUCCCAUGAAAGGGCAGUUAGUGAUCACUGGGGAUCUCUGGGGCCGCUCCCCCGGGGUCUGGCCCCUUUGGGGUACAGGCCUGCCUGGCAGUGAGAGCCAGCACCCUCCCACUGCGGCCCACGUCAAUAUCGUUAGUUUGGGCUUUGCUGCCUGCCUCUAUUCCUAGUUGGUGUUAAUUAAACCCGGAGACUCUGUUUAGCUUCCUUCCCUUCCUCCUGUGACUUGUUUUCAUUGCCAAACCGAUCCCUCCCUUCUCCCCUGUCUGCUGAGCCAGCCUGAGGAGCCAGGAAUGCCAAAGAGGGAGAUGUUCGAGCCCGGGGCCUCCUCCAGGCUCUCACCGGCCAUUGCAGUGACACAAGGCCUUGUGAGGGGGCUCUACCCCUUCCUCCCGGUGCUCACUCUGUCUUGGUCUCCUGGCUCUGUGGCCCUGGGUCCUCCGAGUCUCCUUGGGUCUGCUAUCCAGGAAGGCUUCUUGGCCUUUGGGCCCCACCCCUGUUGGGGCAUCCCAGUGUGUCUCGCUCUUGCUCUUGCUACCCUAGAAGGCACCUCCGUAAAAGCCGGGCAUCUGUGGGGCCUCCAUCCACAGGCUGGGGGAAGAGAUUUGGAGUCUCCCAUUGCAAAGAGCACAACACCCAAGUGGCCUUCUUCCUGCCUACACUGACCACUGGCCCUUGGGCACAGGGGACUUGGCCAGGAUGAAACCUGACCUCGUGCUUCUGGGGCCGCCCGUCAGCCGAGACCGGGUCGUCUCUGACUUCCCCAAGUGGUACACGCCCGAGGCCUGCCUUCAGCUCAAGGAGGACUUCCAUCGGCAGGUGCGAGCGGCCUGUCGGGAGAGGAGAACGGGCACAGUGGGGCUGAAGGUGUCCAAAGUUGUUGUCCUUGGAGACCUCUACGUGGGCAAGACCAGCCUCAUCAACAGGUUCUGUAAAGACGUUUUCGAUCGGGACUACAAGGCCACGAUUGGCGUCGAUUUUGAAAUCGAGAGGUUUGAGAUCGCUGGGACCCCUUACAGUCUCCAGAUCUGGGACACAGCAGGACAGGAGAAGUUCAAGUGCAUUGCUUCAGCUUACUACAGGGGUGCCCAGGUUAUCAUCACCAUGUUUGACCUAGCAGAUAUCGAGACCCUGGGCCACACCAGGCAGUGGCUGGCAGAUGCCCAAAGGGAGAAUGAGCCAGACUCCAGCUUUGUCUUCCUGGUUGGCACAAAGAAGGAUUUGCUGUCAGGGCCGGCCUGUGAGCAGACGGAGAUGGAUGCCGUCCGCCUGGCCAAUGAGAUGCAGGCUGAGUACUGGUCAGUUUCGGCCAAAACAGGAGAAAACGUCAAGGCCUUUUUCUGCCGAGUCGCCGCCUUGGCCUUCGAGCGCUCUGUGCUACAAGAACUGGAGAAGGGCAGCCGCCACGCCCAGAUUGGAGCAGGGUCCUCCAUAAGCAUCAGAAUGGAGGAGGGCUCCUCUGCGAGCCAGGAAGGGGCCAGUCCCAGCAGCCCUGGGUGCUGCUAGGAAGGGGAGUCCUGGGUGAGGAGGGGGAGCCUGACAGCUGCAGCAUUUUCAGGGUUUCAUCUGCCGCAGGAACGGCCCCUCUGUUUCCUCAUCCCCACACUCGGGGUCUGUGAAGGGCCAGAUCCACCCGCCUGUGUGUUUGCUUUCCAGUCCUCGGCUCUGGAUGCCCCAAGGAGCCAAGCAAGAGAUGCCAGUGAGGCAGAUCCUGGGGCGGCCCCUGACGGCGAGUUCCCCAGCAUGCUGACACUUCCUCUGCUGUGGGCCCGGACACACAGCAGAGCCAUCUGUCCCAAGGCACCUGCCCCUCCACACCUCCCACCCCAGCCUGGACUGCAACCGAGCCACCUGCCAAACGAGGAGGGAACCUCUCAAGACCAGCCCUGGGGGCCACCCAGCUCCUAACCCACCAGAGGCUGCCAGCCACUGCCCCCUCCUGUGCCCCAAAGGCUGUCACCUCCUGGACCGUCGACCCUGGGGUCAUUGCCUCCUGGCCCUUAAGCCCUGGGGCAUCACCUCCUAGACCAUUGCCUUGUGGCAAUAAUGUGUGAUCUAAUAUCCAAUUUUAAAUCUCACAGCCUCCUGGACUGUCACUUCCUGGACCAUCACCUCGGGCCUAACCCCGGGCACAAGGAGAUGGCAAGGGCUGGAGCAGGUCCCUCAGUGAGGUGGGCGGUGAGGAGAGGAGGUCUCAGAGCCUUCAGAGGACAGCCCGGGACGUCCGCAGGACUUGGCCAGCCGCUGCUGAAGCCGCCACAGUCUGCUCUGAACUAGGAGUCAUCCUUGCAGAAGGCAGGCGUGAGAUCUUGGUCUGCAGGCCUCCUGGCCCCCUCAUCCGCCCUAUUCCCAGAGCAGGAUGCCUUCCCCGAUCCCAGCCACGUUGUCUUCGGCCUUUGCUGGAGGGUCCCCGGCUGCACAGGCCACCAUCCCAGCUGGAGACAAUUGUCCUCGCAGAUGCGGCUGAUCCCCACUCCCUUCGUGAUGACAGACAGCUCCCAAGUGCCUCCUGAGCCAAUUCCUGCAGCCUGACUUCAUCCCUUCUCCAUCCUGCUCACCCUCCCAUGAUCACCCCAGAACUGAACCCAGGGACCCAAAGAAGGCCAGAGCAGGGCAGCGGAUGGCAGGGUAAUCACCUCCCCAUUCCCCUGAGCUUUGCCUCCUUUAGUGCAGCCCCAAUGUGGCCUCAGCUUCCUUGACUGCUCCUUCCCCAUAUUGACACUCACUGAGCUUGUGGUCCUCUCAGACCACCAGAUCUUUUUCAGACAAACUGUUCUCUGACCACAGCAUCCCUCUGAUACUUAAGUUGAUUUUUUUUUUUUUGGCAAGGCAAUGAGGGUUAAGUGACUUGCCCAGGGUCACACAGCUAGUAAGUGUUAAGUGUCUGAGGCUGGAUUUGAACUCAGAUCCUCCUUAAUCCAGGGCCACUACACUACCUAGCUGCCCCAGUUGAUUUUUUUUUUUUUUAACACAGGGGUAAGAUUUCACAUUUAUCACUAUUAAAUCCCAUCUUCUUAGAUUGAGCCCCAAACUCUAUCCUUCGCAGAUCUCUUUGGGUGCAAACUCUUGUCUGCAAUUGGACGAGUGUGCCACUCAUGACUUUGUAUUAGUCUUUGAUAAAAAGCUGAAUGAGGCCUGAGCACAGACAGAUCCUUGGGGCCUUGCACUGCAGACCUCCUUCUAAGUGGAUAGUGACCCUUCAGUGUCUGCUCUUAAUUCUUUAUACCAUCCAGUCAGGCACUUCUGCAUCUGCUUGGCUGUCUCACUCUCACCCACAGAUCUCUGUCUUACUCACAAGAAUAGCAUUUUCUCUUUGGAUUUUCUUUCUCUGGGUUGUCACUGCAGUCACUGGUCCUAGUCCCAAGGUGUCUCAAGCUUGCUUCUCUCUACAAUCCAGGCUCAGCUCUGCCCCCUUCCCACUGCCUCAGCUAUCAAUUUUGUCAUUUCUGAGGGCACAGAAUUCCCCAAAUACUUAUUCCACAUCCACUGUGUGCCAGGUACUGUGACGGGCAUUGGAAAAACAAGUGUGAAGAUUAGAACUGUCCCAAUCCUGGCUUUCAGGGAACCAGUGGUCCCAUGGGCUCAUGGGAUUGCACAAGGUCUGCAGUACAGGAACGUGGAGAAGUGUAUGCAGCAUCAUAUCCAGGUGUGUGUGUGCGAGCACACACACACACACACACACACACAGAGGAAGGUGCAUCAGCAAAGACAGGAGAGGGGAUAGAGAGAGAACCUGAAGAGAGAACAGAGCUCAGGACAGAGCCCUGGGGCCGCCGUCCUCUCACAGUGACAGGGCUAUGGUGCAAAGGAGCUAGAGAACGGCAGUCACAGAGGUAGGAGGAGGUCUGAGGCAGCAAGGCCCAGCCAGAGGAGAGACUCCAUGAACAGAGGAAGGGUUAGCAAGGCCUGUAGAAAGACCCCAGAUUUGGCAGCUAAGGUAUCAGUGACCCGUAACUUGGGAGAGGACACUGUCCACCAAGUGAUAAAAGCCAGGCUGGAAGGCUGAGGGUCAGGUAAGAAGUGGAGCCCGCAGUUUGGCUGGUAAAGGGAGGAGAGAUAUGGAAAGACAGCCUGGGGGGGGGGGGGGAGGAUGGAAGAGACUUGGGCAUGUUUGAAGGCAGGAGGGAAGGAGCCCAUUGAUUGGGAAAAGGAGAUCUGAGAGCCAGAGGAUUACUGAGGAUGCAGUCUGCUGGAGAAGACAGGAAGGAUUGGCAUCAAGUGCACUUGGGGAAGGCUGGACAAGAAGGGCUGCCUCUAGUCAUAGCAAAUCUGAAGCUAUGCUAUAAAGCGGCUGUCAUGGAAACAAUCUGGUACUGACUAAGAAAUGGAAUGGAGCAUCAGUGGAAUAGGCACAGGAGACACAGUAGUAAUGACAUUAGUAAUGUACUGUUUGAUAAACCCAGACUCCAGCUUCUGGG